CAUGAAAUAUCUAUGGCUCAUUGAAAAAGGUAAGAGACGAGUGGAAAAGCCCGCCAACGCCAAGCUGUUUCUAGAAUCACUUUGUGCACAAGAGGACUCUCUGCGUUGUGUCGAGAGGGUGCUUGCUUCUCCGAGCCUCUUGGAGUCACUGCAGAAUAGCUUCCGUGUCGACUCAUCAACUGGGUUCGUCAACACUUCGGCUGCAGAAUUCUUGAGCUACAUAUGAGACCCGAUCAUCGAGAGCUUUGGCAAUGGACAAUUUCUCCGCCAGCUUGUCUCCUGCAUCACCGUUCCUCGCACCUUCUGGAUGGUAUUCUUGCACGCUCACACCUUGAAGAAACUCAGCGAACACGCAGAGUCAAGUUUUGCCUGGUUGCUUCUGAGGCUGCUCAGCUCGCCAGGAUGCUCCUCCGAUUUUAUUGACACUGCCGAGGACGAUACGCAGAGUCGAACGUUCCUCGAUUCACCCUCCCUGGAAAUCAGGACUAUCGGAUAUCGGAUCCAGAGCAUUAUGAAGACCAUCAGGGCCAAGGUGGAUCUAGACGAUAGAUACUGGCCAGGAGGGAGGCACGACAACGAUUUUGAGGACUUUCGGGAAAUCUCAAUUUUGCCCACUCCGGAUGAAAUUGCUUCAGUCGAAAUUCCGUACUAUAGGCGAAUGUGUGAUGUCUACAACGUCCCCGAAGCACAACGGGCUGCAACGCAUUACGAUAACCAGUUUCGCCUGUUGAGAGAAGAUCUUCUCGCCGAGCUGCGCAAUGACCUCCAGAUCGCUCGCGGUCAGAAGAAAGGAAGGAGAUCUGCUCCACCGGUGCAUGGGCUAUGUUUGACAGGAGUUGGCUGUGGCACUGACGACCGGAGAAAAACCUGCUAUCUGGAGUUCGCGUGCACGAUGGGCUUGCCACACCUGUCUUGCUUGCCCAAGGCGGAUCGCACGAAGUUGCUCGAUGACAACCCACACAUAUUCAGGCACCAGGCAUUUGGGUGCUUGUUGAGCAAACGGGAGAUUGUCGCAUUUGUAUCCCUUGAUCGGGGGUCCUCGGACUUGCUUGAUGAUCUUCCCAUUCUCGCGCUGGUGGUGUCUGGCAGUGAUGAAUUAACUCGCCUAUUUACCUGCGCCAAAGUGGGCCCGCCCUUCGCCUUCCUACCCGUUCAUACGCCAAUCUUCGCUUACGAGCCGAUUCUUCAACGUUUACAGCAGGUGGUGGAGUUCUCACUAUCCCAAAUACUGCUUGCGUCGGAGCCGAAGCCGGAGCUUCUGACGUUGGACGAUGAUCUUGCAACCCUUGUUCGCCAGAUCCAAACCACGAACGGCAAGUCACUGGAAGCCAUUCUCGACACGGACAUGAAGGUGUCAUUAGAUGGCUCGCAGCUUCAAUCGCUCUUGAAUGUCCUGCAGCAGAGCGUAAGCACGAUUCAGGGACCACCUGGUGAGCUUACAUGAACACCUCAUAUGGGCCCGACCGCAGCAAAAUAACCCGUGCCACUGCAGGGACCGGAAAGUCAUUUCUCGGGGCAUUGAUCGCGAAGAUCUUGCAUGAUAAGACAAGUAAAACGAUGAUGGCCAUCUGCUACACCAAUCAUGCACUGGAUCAAUUCCUAGAAUACCUGUUGGACAUCGGCAUUCUGGAAUCGUCCAUGGUCCGGCUUGGGUCCAGAUCGACGCCGCGAACCAAGCACCU